CUGACUCCGACUGUAUCGGGAAAUCACGGAAGCAAAAUAAAGCCAGUUCGACCGGAGAGGGGAAUAAGUUUGUGAGAAGUGGGCGAUUGUGUGAGUGCCUUCUGUGGAUACAGAACAAACGGCAUACUGUACUAAACCACACGUCAACACCAUCAAUGGUGACGAAAGAAGUCAUCUUUGGUCGUGGCACCACAAAUGCAUUUCUUCAUGCAUUUGCACAAUGCUAUACAUUCUGUCAAGAAUGCAGACAAAAUGAUGCAGUGAUAAUGAUAAUGAACGUGUCCAAAGUCUUGUAAUUAACAUCCAGGCAUUAAGAUGGAGGAAGUUUCAUUCAGUACAGCAAGCAGUGUUACAGAUACUGAGAAGGAAGGGAAUGGAGAGCAGCACAAAGCCUUGCUGUGGUCAAUCCAAGAAGCUGCGGAGAGGCAUACAGUCCAGAUUGGGGUUUCAGCUUGUGGUGCUACAGCAGUGGUGGAUGUGCUGCAGGCUCUGGGGAUUGUGGUGGCACCAGAAACAGCUGAUCACUGUGUACGGACUAAGUUGAGGAGGAAUAAUUCCCCAUUGCCUGAUUACCUUCACUCUCGCAGCGAAGCUGGUGCCACACAUAAGCAGUUGAUAGAUGGUGCAAAGGAAGCUAGUGGUGGACGAGUGCUGGGCAGAUUCUUUGGUUUCUACCCACCGAGGCAGGUAAAUUUAGUGCCUUGGCUGGCACACUGGAUUCGGAAUAGAGCUGUACCUGUCGCCACCAUGAACAUGCAGCGUGGAGUGCCAGAAGGAGAAGAGAUCCCUGAUGCCUGGCAUCACCAACUGAUAUUUGGGGUGGCAGCCAAUGCUGUUUUCAUGACUAAUCCACUGGACUUGGUUAGCGAAGAGGAGUUACUUGUGCGUCUGUGCAGUGAUUCUGUGCUGCUGGUACGUCGUGAAGAUGUCUUAAAAAGAUUAACGGCAGACUCUCCUCUUCGACUGAUCUCAGACCAUCAGAACGAUCCCCGCUGGAAAACUUUUAAUGUGGAAGGUCAAGUUCAAAAAUUGAUUGAAGAAGAAAACUGUGAGGAAGACCACCAAAAAAUGACACACAUAACAAUCCCAGCAGCAUACAGCUCAGGGAUUACACUUUUUGCCCUCAGGGAUUCAUCUAUUGGUCAAGAGCUCCUCUGUGCCCCAGAACUGCCUUUGCUGUGAUUUAACAAUCUCUGGACCUCUUAUGCUGUGUUUGGUCUAAUUUUCAGUACUGUAACUGUAAUUGAUUAUAUGGUGUUAGAAACUGUUAAUAAUUCACUAUACUUUAUUACUAACAAUAAUGACAAGGUCUGCCAGCAUUUCAGACUUUCGCUGAUAUCUUGAAACAGAAGGUUACGUAUGUAACCGCAAUUCUAUGUCUGAGUGGAGAACCACCAAGACAAGUUUCCUUUGGUGCAGAAAACAUCCUGUUGUCUAAUUGGAAAACAAAGAAUAAGUCCUGCAAAUAAUUGGAAUUUGCUAGCUUCGUUGUUGUGCAUGUUCAUCUUACAUGUGGGCUUGUCCUGUAACAUGAAGUUAUCAGCAAUAUAUCAUGUCUGUCUGUUACGACCCUUUAUUUUUGUCUUGGUUUUUUUCUCUCUCUGUUUCUGAAGUGUUUGUGUCCAGGUACAGUGCUGAUUGGCUCCUACAUUCUAAUGAGUGGUCCAUCCUGGUUGGUGCAGUCGAUUCCAGGCACGCCUCCUAAGCCCUGUUGUCACUUCCUUUGGGAGGGCAUUGUGUUCUGUGGGGGAGUGUCAUUGGUUUGAAUGUUUAAAGCUCUGAUUGCGAGUUAUAAUUUCAUGUAAUGUCCCGUCUAGGGGAAAAGGGUGCAACAUGAAAGGAGAGAGCGGAAGCAGGUAGAUCUUUUGUGUUUUUUUAAUGAUAUAAACAAGAUUCCAACAAUCAAACAUGAAUAGGGAGAUUGCUUCGGGAGUUGACCAAGCCAAAAAUAACAAACAAAAACUCACUACCGAUUUCAACCCUUAUUUACCUAAAACAAAAGAAAAGAAAAAUACAAUCACCUUCUCUGAUUACCUAUACCACAACAAAGACCAGAAGUGGGUAAACAAAAUGGCGUCAAGCAAACUAGUUAAGAGGGCAAACCACACGUAACGUCGUUAAUCAGGCAAUGAGGUCGAAAUACCAAACAUUUUUUUUCUUACAAUUUCUAACACACAAUCAGAGCUUUAAACAUUCAAACUUUGUCUAAACAAACAGUCAAAUCAACAACCCUCCCCCACACUACACAAUGUCAAUUCCUGAAGGAAGUGACAGCAGGGCUUAUGAGGCGUUCCUGGAAUCGACUGCACCAAUCAGGAUGGAUCACUCGUUAGAAUGCAGGAGCCAAUCAGCAACGUACUUGGACACAAACACUUCCGAAACAGAGAGAGAAAGAAAAAAAACGAAGACAAAAAUAAAGGGUCAUAACACUGUUAAAGCUGUUUAUUUAUGUCAUUAAAAAGGAAGAGUGGAAAUGUGGUUGAUUGCAAUGUGCUGAUUUUAAUUUGUUUACAAUUUGAUCAGUUGUUUCAGUUAAAAAAUGAAAGUAUGGCAAACUA